AUGAGCUUUAGUCAGAAACUUGAUAAUCCAAACUGUUUAAAGCACCGAAAGAAACAAAAUGGAACUGCCAUUGUUAUAUUCACAUUGGUCCUACAAGGGGAAACUCUUGAAUUUUCAGCUCCUCAACAGCAUGGCCUUCGAGUUUUUGGAAUCAUCUCAUUAUCCAUUGUUGGACCAGCUAUCAUGUGUGCCAUUGCGAUUGCAUGCUACGCGUCCUUCAAGUGCAGAAGAGGCAACAGAAUUUCUGCAGCACAGAGGUCUACACCAACUGGAAUGUCACUCGAACCUGCCAUUGACAGGAUGGGCCUGGAUGAGUCUACCAUCGAGUCUUAUCAGAAACUGGUAUUAGGAGAGAGCCGAAGAGUUCCAGGACCUAACGAGGGAUGUUGCACCAUAUGCCUGUCAGAGUAUAAAAGCAAAGACACAAUAAGAUGCAUUCCUGAAUGUGCUCAUUGCUUCCAUGCAGACUGCAUAGAUGAAUGGCUUCGCAUGAACACUACAUGCCCUCUUUGCCGCAACUCUCCUUCACAUCCUUCCACUGCUUGA